AGGAUUCUAUUCUCAAGAGUUGGUACAACUAAUAGAGAGGGCAUUACCAUCAAGUAGACCACCUAUAAAUAAAGAGAGUUGUAUAGAUGGGGAUAACCCUAUUGCUACUGACAUAUCACAACACCCGAGGUUAUUGGUGGAUCUACUCAACGUCCUUAGUCGCCAAAGGCAUUUCCCACCAAAGUUCAUCACGGCUGUUGAAGAGCUGAUUAAUGCUGCAAAUAUAAAUAGUAGUGCUUAUAGUAGCAAUAUGACGACAAACGACUGGAUACGGGCAUUCGAGAUACACCUCUGUGCGGCUGUAGAGGGCCCCCCGACUGUACGCAAAUAUCUCACUCAGAAUGAUGAUGUUAAAGCAUUCUUCGCUGAUAAUACAUCAUUCGUUUGGUAUGCAUCACAAGAGAGAGAUCGGACCAACUUCUUACACUCUGAUACGUGUAUGCAGUUGAAUGAGGCUAUCAAUGCUCUCGGAUGGCCACUAAGUCUUGGCAACCAGCUUGCAGAGGUCUACCAUCUAGAUAUGAUCACAUCACUUAAUCAACCUGAUAGUACAUCGUCAUCAUCCAACCCUAGUGUUUUAGGGUCAUCCCUGAACUACCAACAAGCAGGCAAACGUACUGCAAUAGUAUGUAUAAAGGAGGAAGAUGAACUACGCUGGUACAGUCCUAUCACUCGAGGUCAACAUCAAUCGACCCUUGAUGACCCACAUAACAACAUUCGCCUGGGUCAUACGCGAGUUAUGAUUGGCAACUCAUUGACGAAAGUACGACACCUUCACAGUUUGGGUUGGAAGGUCAUCCCUUUGUGGUUAUCGGAAUGGUCUGAGUUACACACUGUAGAUGAUAGGUGUAAAUAUUUGGUAGAGCGUGCUCAAGAGGCGUAUGCCAUUGGUCCAGCAACGACUGAUGUUUACACAUCUCCAAUCCAACAAUUUAACGAGGCAUUAUGAUGACUGUUAGUACUCCUCUUU